AUGUCGACUCUUCUACUACAAUUAGAGACUUGUGAGAACUUAGCUAAUGCCAUUGCACAGUUCUGGUGGAGCUUGAACCUUCCUAAAAGGGAUAUACAUUGGGUAAAAUGGGAAAACCUCUCCAAACCAAGAGGAGAUGGAGGAAUAGGAUUCAAGAUGAUCCAUAAAUUCAACCUAGCACUACUAGGCAAACAGUUAUGGCGCUUGGUACAAUACCCAGAUUCUUUAGUAGCUAGAGUGCUAAAGGGAAAAUACUUCAGAUGUAGCACGCCUUUGCGGCUAAACAAGGCAGAUAGACACUCAUAUGGAUGGACAAGUAUAAUGGUAGCGAAACCAUUAAUGAUGUUGGGGAUCAGACAAAAAGUACACUCUGGAAAUGAGAUUAGAGCUUGGGAAGAUCAUUGGAAACCAACGAUACCAGCAAGACCAGUUAGACCACUAGCACCAGUGGUUCACCCGAUGACGUCAGUUCGUGACCUAAUGACAUGCAAUCCAAAAACAUGGAACUCAGAGGUGCUUGAAAACUAUGUAGAUCCGGAAGAUAUCCCUCUGAUUCAAUCUUUGGCCAUAAGUCAAGGAUAUCAGCGGGACAAGUAUUGUUGGAACUAUACUAAGAAUGGGAUGUACACUGUUAAAUGA